AUGAAUGUCGCAUCCACAUUCACAAACCAAGAUUCAGCCAUUGACCAAUUUCUUCUCUUCAUCAAGGUCGUUGCACUCUUCAACGCAGACCAACAUGAGGAAGCGGUACCGCUUAUCAAAGUUCUGGUUACCGCUUGUCCAAAUGUUGAUUCUCUCGUGCAUCCUGUCAUGGAAAUAAUCGUCAACGCCACAGGCCCAUACAGCGACUCUCUCCUCUCCCUAUCCUCUCCCACGCACAAACCCAUCGUGCGCGCAAGCUCAGGCGUACACAUCGCCCUUCCUUCUUACUACGCCCCUAAAGGCAUGGGUCUCCUAGAUUCUGCAACAAGCGACGGCCGCGUCGUCUUCUUCCUUCCGUGGGAAGGCGGCGUCGUAGCAGGCACCACUGACGAGCCCUACGACAUGCGUGCGCAUAUCAAACCUCAGGAUGAAAAAGACGCGUAUCUAAGCGGUGAUAACAUUCUCCCCCGGGAGUCUGAAGUCCAGUGGUUCAUGGAUGAGGUGCGUGGGUAUCCGAGUGGGGACAUCAAAGUGCGCCGCGGGGAUGUGCUUUCAGCGUGGUCGGGACUGCGUCCGCUUAUCUCAUCUGGCGCAGUGGGCAGUACGGAGGGGUUGGUUAGAAGUCAUGUAGUCAAGGUUGAUGAGGGUGGAUUGGUGACCAUCGCAGGUGGGAAGUGGACUACCUAUCGUGCGAUGGCGGAAGAGGCAGUAGAUGAAGCGAUUGAAGUGUGUCCCGGGCUGAGGGCAAAGGCUCGGAAGUGUCAGACCCAGGAGCUAAGACUUGUUGGAAGCGAAGGGUGGGAUCGCAAUAUGUUCAUCGGACUGAUUCAACGCUACGGCCUCCACCCAGAAGUCGCACAACACCUCUCCUCAUCAUACGGUUCACAAGCAUGGACGCUCCUCUCGUCAACGGCCCAGACGGCCGCUUUGGACCCACACCGCUCUCUCUCCGCCUUGUAUCCCUUCACACACUCCGAAAUCACAUAUGCGCUCACGCAUGAAUACGCACAAAAACCACUCGAUGUGCUCCUACGGCGCACACGCCUAGGUUUUGUCGACGCACGCGCAGCACUCGGUGCACUACCAGAAGUUGUACAGGUCAUGGGCGAUACCCUGGGGUGGGAUACGAGACGGAGGAGGGAAGAAACGAGGAAGGCAGAGGAGGUGCUGCGCGGGAUGGGUGCGGGUGGACGGAUCGAAGUGGGUACAGCUUCGUCGGGAGAAAGCUGGUUACGCAUAGGGGAGGUACAGCGGCGUGUGUGUGCACUGUUUGGAUUCUGUCCUGCCCUUUUACGCCCGUCUUCGACGGGUGCGGCGAUGUACCCACGCGCGUUGUUUCAGCCGGGGGAGAUUGAGGUGCUGAGGGAGGUGUUUGGGCGGUAUGCGCGUGUGUCUGGCGAUUCUGGUUCUGGCUCCGAUUCUAAGCCUGGUUUUGGUUUUGGGGCGCAGGAUCAGAUGAGGAUGCCUGUAUCGAUGAUACGAGACGUGCAGUCUGUAGCGGGGCUUGGGUAUGCUUACGAGGGCGUGCGGGAGUCGGACUUCCGAUACGUCCUAAGGGAGGCGGGGCUUCCUGAUUUGCCUGAGGGAAACGGGAAGGCUUUGCCCUCUGGUCUUGAAGUCGACAUCGAAAAAGUGUAA